AUGGCCAAAGAUGAGGAGGAAGACAAGGGGAAGAAGAAGAAGAAGAAGAAGGGUGCUGAACCAGAGAAACCCAAAAGAAGUCUCAAAGGUACCUCUAGGCUUUUCAUGGGCUUCCGGGAUAGGACGCCCAAGAUAUCCAAGAAAGGCCAGUUCAGAAGUGCCUCACACUUCUUAUGGAGUCUCAACAGAGGACCACAGAAGACAAAGAGGAAGAAGAAGGCCAAGACUGUCCUACAAUCCACCUCCAAGUUGAUGACGCAAAUGCGGGAAGGCAAGAGGAAGAAGGCGAUGAAGGAGAAGAAGCCGUCCUUUAUGGUGAUCCGUUUCCCUGGCAAAAGAGGCCGAGGGAAGCUAAAGCCCCGAGCUCAAGUCCUGAGCAAGGCAUCCACCUCCAUUAACUGGUUGACCAAAAGGUUCCUCAUCAAAAAGGCAGAAGAGUCAGGAAGUGAGCAGGCUUCCUUGGACGCCUGGCUCAAUCGCUCCAGCUCUCGCUUUGGUUCUCAGAAGCUUCCAUUCCCUUCGGGGGCUGACAUCCUAAGACGAGAAGGGAGGCUGAGGAGGUUCCCCAGAGGCCGAAGCUUAUACGAGUCAGGAGAAACCAUUGGCUUCCUUCCCUUUGAGACAGAAGAACCCUUCCAACAGUCUGGAUCAAGGAAGUCCUUCUAUGGGCUGGAAGGCUUUCAGGACUUGGGGGAAUACUAUGACUACUACCGUGAAGGAGAUGAUUACUAUGACCGUCAGUCACUCCAUCAAUAUGAGGAACAAGAGCACUACCGCACACCCUGGGGCUAUUAUGGAUCAGAGUGGCCCGAGUAUGGCGAAUAUUACUACGGGUAUCCUGUCCGAGACCCUUAUGAAUAUUAUGAUGAUGAAUAUUAUGACAGUGAUUACUAUGAUCAUGAUUUCUACGGUCCUGGUUAUUAUGGUGAUGAUUACUACCCGGAUGAUUACUACUACCUUCCCUAUAGCUUUGACUAUGGCUAUGAUGACUAUGCACCCCCUUAUGCUCCACCUUCUGGGUAUUCACCCUACAGUUACUAUGAGGGUUAUGAAGAACCAUCAUAUCCUUACAACUAUUACUGGGGACCUUACAGUCCUUUUGAUGAGGCAGGGUACUAUCCCAUCCCAGGAGGACAUGAUGCCAUUUAUCCCCCCGAAGUCCCUUUUCCAUACCCUGAGGUACCCCCCUUUGAUUAUGCCUGGGAACCUCCCAUCCCAUCCCCCCAUAAUCCCUAUGCCUACCCCAUGGAUGACAUCAUGGAGUUGGAAGAAGGAGAGCAAGAAGAGGAACCAGGGAUUGAGCAGAAGGGUUAUACUUUCAAGCCACCCAGCACAUCCUUCUUCGAACAGCAGGGCAUGGAGAAGUCGGCAACCUCCAAGUUGUCCUUGAUCAGGAAGUUCCGACUCUUCCCUCGACCCCAAGUGAAAAUCUUCGGCAAAGAGAAACUGGAUGUGCCCCUGCCUCCUUCCCUGGACAUCCCACUCACCACUGAUGAGCAGGAGGAAGAGGAAGAAGAGGAAGAAGACCAAUAUCCACCAGUCUCUAUGCCUUACACCCCAUACCUCCACCCGUUCUAUGCUAGCUUCCUGUCUCCCCGAGACCGAAAUGUCCAGAGAGCCCUGUCAGCCUUUAGGAUGAGGAGAGACCUGGGCUUCCACAGAGAGCUGGGCAGGCCCUCUCCACCAGCAACAUCACUUGCCCGAUUCAUAAAGAAAACUCUUUCAGAAAAGAAACCUAUUCCAAAAUAUGGUGGCAGUGCUCGCCAAAAGGACACAGGCUCAUUCCGGAGGCCACCCGUGAGGGAGGCAGCCUACAAGCGCUUUGGCUAUAAGCUGGCAGGCAUGGAUCCGGACAAUCCUGCCACACCAGUGACCCUGAGGAAAUUCCGUGGCCCUACCACUAACAACAACAACUCCCAGGUUGUGCCUCCCUUGUCUCCAUCCCCGGUGCCUUCCAGGAAGAGCGUCCUCAUCUCUCCACCCCCCCUGAGGAAGAACGAGAACCCAGAUGUCAACUCUUCCCUCUGGUCCUUCUUACCGAACCUUUCAACAGGCCCUAAGCAAGCAUCUCCCUAUGGCUCCUCUCCCUAUGGAUCCUUCCGCCAAGAACCACCCUCACGCCAGCCUUCCCUUCAUCAGACGCCUUUAUCUCCCCCGGGACACCCUGCCCUCAGGCCACAGUCUAGCUGGUGGAGUUUCAUCGAACCACCAUCUGUAUCCAGUUUUCCAGAGCCUGAGCUUAAUCCAUAUCCAUUGUGGUUUGGGGGACCCCCAAGCAGGCCCCCGACUCCUAUUCCUUCAAUUCGGUCAUCUCUGAGGAGACCAGGUGCCCUAGGCUUACAGGCACCCCCUGUGAGGGCACCAAUGGCCCCUGGAGACCUACUGGGAUCCCCUAGAGCACCCCGACACCUUCCUCCCUCUCCACAGCCAUCCCUUAGGAGUUUCCGUAGUACAGGGAUUCGUUCCCCACUGAGGCCCUCUUCUCCGCAGCUCUCCGUCCAUUCUGCUCCUUCAAUGAUCUAUAGCCCAAGACCCAGAAGGCCCUCUUUCUCACCUCCGCUGGGGGCCAAAGGCUCUAGCCGUCACCCCUCGCUCAGGGAGCCUCCCUCCCCAAAUCCAUCACUCAGUCGUUUUGGGCCUCAUUCCCCACAUUUGGGGUCCCCUCAUCUUCCUCCUAGAGGCGGGAGCCAGAGGCUUCCCUCACCCCCACCAGGCCGAAGCCUGAGGCGCCGGUCCCUUAACCUACCUAGGAAACUUCCCCGCACCUGGAACCGACUGAGCGAGCCUCCCACCAAGGCAGUGAAGCCCCAGGUGCAUCUUACACUCCAGAGGUCGUCCCGUAGACGGGUCCCUCCGCAGCCCCCUCCAGGCCCCUGGAGUGGAGAUGGGGCCAUGCCGGAUAUACCUCACAGACAGGACAGCCGCCGCUCACUAGGCAGGCAGCCUCCACCUUGGUUGCCCCCACCGUUAGCACCAAGCUGGGAUGUGGACCUUCCUCCCAUCCAGCGCCCACCAUCCCCUUGGCCCGGCCUGACUGGUAGCCGGCGAGGGUUCUCCAAGAGACGCCGACCACCAUCUUCAUUUUACAGACCCUUCUUCCAACAUGGCGGUCAUCCCAUACCUGGACCUGCCCAUCCUCCAUCUCCUGUUUUCCGAGAGAGAGAUGACGACUCAGAACAUGUUAUCCUGGGUAGGCUUCAAGAACCGGGGCCUGGCCAGGCCUCUAAAUCAUCAAAUGAAGUACCCAUGAAGCCUGAAAAAGAGGAAGGCGUCGAUCCAUCCAUCCCUAAGCCCUCUCCAGGCUCCAUCUCUCUCCCCCCCAGGGUCUCGGAGAAACUGUCCCCAGUGCUCAUGAAGGAGCGGAAGGUACUCAGGAGUAGUUUCUCUUACCCACUGAUUGCCUCACCUCGUUCCACAUGGCCCAGUCCUCGCCGGUGGGCAUCCUUACCCAAGUCGCUGGCCCAGGCAAUACCUACUGGCAUCCGAGAGAAAGGAGAACGAGGUCCAUCAAGGCCCGGACGCUUCGCAAUCGUCAUGCCUCGUGUUCAGAAGAUGAGCUCCUUCCAGCAGGUGACCGUGAUGCCCCAGCAGCUACAAACCAGACAACCGACAGGGCCGGCGCAAGGCCUAUCCAAGACCCAGAAGUCUAAGUGGGUGCACGUCUCAAUGUCAACCAAGACCUUUCGACGAUGGCCCAGGGCAACCACAGAGACCUUGACCCAUUAUGUGUCUUGUGAAAUGUCCCUUCAGUGCCAUGCCUUCAAGGGACCAUGGGAGAAAGAAGUCCCAGUGAGCUGGAAGAACAAGAUGCACUCCAUCCGCAACCUGCCAUCCAUGAGAUACCGGGUACCGCAGGAGGAAGAUGGUGUGGAAGACAUGACCCAGCUGGAGGACUUGCAAGAAUCUGCUGUGUUGUCCAAUCUGAAAACCAGAUUUGAACGAAACCUCAUCUAUACCUACAUUGGUAGCAUCCUCGUGUCAGUGAAUCCUUACCGAAUGUUUAACAUCUAUGGGAUGGAACAGGUGUUACAAUACAAAGGGCGAGCCUUGGGGGAGAAUCCACCGCAUCUCUUUGCAAUUGCGAAUCUUGCGUACACCAAAAUGCUGGAUGCUAAUCAUAACCAGUGUAUCAUCAUCAGUGGGGAAAGCGGUUCAGGAAAGACUGAGGCCACAAAGCUGAUCUUACGCUACCUGGCCACCAUGAACCAGAAGAGGGACAUCAUGCCACAGGUAAGGAUCCUUGAGGCCACCCCCCUGCUGGAGGCCUUUGGAAAUGCCAAAACUGUGAGGAAUGACAACUCCAGUCGCUUUGGGAAGUUCAUAGAGAUCUUUUUGGAGAGCGGCUUGAUCUGUGGUGCCAUAACGUCUCAGUAUCUCCUUGAAAAAUCCAGGAUUGUGUUUCAGGCCAAGAAUGAACGAAAUUACCAUAUAUUCUAUGAGAUGCUGGCAGGACUCCCAGCCCAAUUGAAGCAGACCUUCAGUCUUCAGGAAGCAGAGACCUACUACUACUUGAACCAGGGUGGCAACUGUGAGAUUCUGGGUAAAAGUGAUGAAGCUGACUUCCAGAGACUCCUCAGUGCCAUGGAGGUUUUAAACUUUAGCAUUGAAGACCAGGACAGCAUCUUCCGAAUUCUAUCCUCCAUCCUCCACCUGGGCAAUGUGUACUUUGAAAAGUAUGAGACAGAUGCCCAGGAAAUAGCCUCUGUGGUAAGCGCCCGGGAGAUCCAGGUUGUGGCGGAACUGCUCCAGAUAUCCCCAGAGGGUCUGCAGAAGGCCAUUACCUUCAAAGUGACUGAGACGAUGAGAGAGAAGAUUUAUACGCCCCUCACUGUGGAAAGUGCCGUGGAUGCCAGAGAUGCUAUUGCCAAGAUUCUGUAUUCGAUGCUGUUUGGCUGGCUCAUUGACAGGAUCAACACAAUGGUCUACCCCCAGAAGGAUACUCUUUCCAUUGCCAUCCUGGAUAUCUAUGGCUUUGAGGAUCUCAGCUUCAAUAGCUUUGAGCAGCUGUGUAUCAACUAUGCCAAUGAAUACUUGCAGUACUUUUUCAACAAGAUUGUCUUCCAAGAGGAACAGGAUGAGUACAUCCGAGAGCAAAUAGAUUGGAGAGAAAUCACCUUCACUGACAACCAACCUUGUAUCAAUCUUAUCUGCCUGAAGCCCUAUGGUAUCCUCAGGAUUCUAGAUGAUCAGAGUUGUUUCCCCCAGGCCACAGACCAUACUUUUCUACAGAAAUGUCAUUACCACCAUGGUUCCAACCCCCUCUACUCCAAGCCCAAGAUGCCCCUACCUGAAUUCACCAUCAAACAUUAUGCCGGCAAAGUCACCUAUCAGGUGCACAAGUUCCUAGACAAAAAUUAUGACCAAGUGAGGCAGGAUGUGUUAGACCUGUUUGUCCGAAGUAAGACCCAAGUUGUGGCUCACCUCUUUGCCAGCCAUGCUCAGUUGACCUCCUACCACCGGUUGGGGAAGAAUAAUACCCUCACCCGUCUCUACAAGGCCCCCACUGUGGCUGCCAAGUUUCAGCAGUCUCUCCUGGACCUAGUAGACAAGAUGGAGAGGUGCAACCCUCUGUUUGUUCGAUGUCUCAAGCCCAACCACAAGAAGGAACCCAACCUAUUUGAGCCAGAUGUGGUCAUGGGACAGCUCCGAUACUCAGGGGUCAUGGAGACCAUCCGGAUCAGAAAAGAAGGCUUCCCUGUGCGCAUUCCCUUCCAGGUCUUCAUUGACAGGUACAGAUGCCUGGUGUCUCUCAAACAUGACAUUCCAGCCACUGGGGAAGCUUGUGUCUCCGUGCUCAACAGACUUUGCACAGUCACCCACCGCAUGUACUGUAUUGGGGUCAGCAAGCUCUUCCUGAAGGAACAUCUGUACCAGCUGCUGGAGAGCAUGAGGGACCGAGUUCUGCACCUGGCGGUCCUCACAUUGCAACGGUGCCUUCGAGGUUUCUUCAUCAAAAGACGUUUCCGUUCCUUGCGUCGAAAGAUCAUUCUCCUCCAGAGCCUGUCUCGGGGCUACCUGGCCAGGAAGAAAUACCGGAAAAUGAAGAGGAAUUUGGUGAAGUUCAGAUCUCUGGUGAACAUGUAUGUGAACCAAAAGCAGUACCUGAGGACCAGGAUCAGGGUGAGAAUACUUUCUGAAGGCUGUGUCCCCUAGGAGCUGUCUAAGAGGGAGCUGAUGAAUGUGACCUGUCUUGAGGUGCCUGCUGAGCUGGCAGGACUCCUACAGGUGGUGACAGUGUACAAACAAGCAAACGCUGACUGUGUGGUUCCCGUCCGUACCCCCAAGCUACAGAUUGACCCUCAGAUUGCAUUGCCCCUCGACAUCAACAACUAUCCUAUGGUGAAGUAUGUCCAGGCCCACUUCAAGGAUCUAGCCUUUGGGAUGCUUGCUGAGCCACUACAAAGUCCCCUUACCAGACUGGAGAGAGAACAUCACCCAGAGGCCCUAAGCAUCUUUAAGUUGAUUCUGCGCUUCAUGGGUGACCCCCACCUCCACGGAGCUCAAGACAACCUAUUUGGGAAUUAUAUUGUCCAAAAGGGACUCACAAAGGCUGAAUUGAGGGAUGAGAUCCUGGUCCAGCUGGCCAAUCAGGUGUGGCGGAACCCCAACAUCAACAACAAGGAACGAGGUUGGCUCCUGCUAGCCUCCUGCCUCAGUGGUUUUGCACCCUCCCCUCGCCUGGACAAGUAUUUGCUCAAGUUCGUCUCUGAUCAUGCCCAAAACGGCUUCCAGGCUGUGUGUCAGCAUAGACUCAUACAGGCCAUGGCCAAGGCCCAGAAGGGUCCUGGAGCUGCCCGAACCUUCCCUCCAACCCUGCUUGAGUGGACUGUUACUCAAAAGAAAGCCAACAUGGCCCUAGAUGUUUACUGCUUCAAUGGGGACCAGUUUUCUUGCCCAAUCCAUUCAUGGAGCACAGGGGAAGAUGUGACUGGAGAUAUUUUAAAACACAGGGGUCUAACGGAUGGCUGGAGAGGCUGGACAGUUUCUUUGAAGAAUGGUAGCCAGUGGGCUGAGUUGGCGGGCCACGAUUAUGUGCUGGAUCUGAUCUCAGACAUGGAGCUCAUCUGGGAUUUCCCCAAGCAGAAAUCGUACUUUAUCAUCACAUCGGAGGGCGCAGAGAAGGGCAGGAGCAGCUCCAGAAUGGUGUUUGGAAAUAACUGGGACUCGGAUGAGGAGACACCAGCCCUUCCCCGGUAUAGAGGGCGCUCCAUUCGGACAACAAAACUUCCCGACUCAGAGAGUUAUUUCAGUCAUGAUCCAGACAGCUUCAGGGAGCCGGCUGCCCCACAGAAGGGACUGGAUCGUUACCUAGAUAGCCUCUUUGACCCGGUGCUUGCUUAUGGAAACACGGAUCUGGAGAAACCAGCUGCCAUCUCCUAUAGGAUGAAAGGGGGAGGCCAGCCCAAAAGUGAUGAGGAGCCAGCUGGGCCCUCUAGAAUACCCCAAGAAUCAGGUCUGGACUCAUCCACAUUGGCGCUACAGCAAGCCUUCAUCCAAAAGCAGGCCGUGCUUCUGGCGAGAGAGAUGACUUUACAGGCUAUGGCCCUUCAGCAACAGCAGCAGCAGCAGCAAAGUCCCCCAGCCAAGCCAGUACUAAUUUAUGCAGCCCCAGCACUAGGAGACCCUGGAGGAGUCUGCUUCCAGCCCAAGACCUUAGCAUCUGGCUCUCCUUCAAAGCCUAGGGGCUCCAUCCCUCCUGUUAAACCAGUGGCCACCCCUAUCCGGGUACAGGACCAACAUUCUCCUUUAAGAACCUUCUCACCCUCUCCGGAGCUGGUUCGUCAUUCCAUCCUCAACUCGGAGCAUUUCCCUCAGCCCACUCAACAGAUCAAGGCCAUCAUCCGUCAGUGCCAGCAGCCGCCUAGAGCUCCAGAUGGUCUCAGGAAGGAAAGUGGGAAGGUGUUUGUGAAGAAAUCGGAUCCUCAUGAGGAAGCCCUCCUGAUCUUGAAGGAGCAAAUGAUCCACUCGGCCCCUAUCAACCUGGGAGCUCAAGGUCCCAGACAGACGGUGGCCUUGGUGAAGCCUGUGACCAGCACUAGGCCCCAAGGCCUAGCCCCAGCUGCCAAACCUCUAACAGCAAUUAUUCCAGCAGAGGAUCCCAUCCAAACACAGCUCCAUCGCCAGAGCAACGAGACUUUCUACGCCUACCAGGGAGUGCCCUGGAAGAUAUACCUCAGAAAAGAGGUGUUUUAUCCUAAGGACAGCUUCAAUCACCCAGUCCUCUUGGACCUCCUCUUCAGACAGAUCCUCCAUGAUACUUUCUCGGAAGCCUGCAUCAGAAUCUCUAAGGAAGAAAGGAUGAAGAUGAAAUCUAUUUUUGUCCAGAACAAAUUGGAUUCGCUACAUCCAGUGGUGAAUGAGAGUUUCAAGAGGGCUGUGAUCAGUGAAGCUCGAGAGGGCUGGGAAGUCUAUUUCUCCCGACUCUUCCCAGCCACGGGCAGUGUGGGCACAGGUGUACAGAUCCUGGCUGUGUCUCACAUAGGCAUCAAGCUCCUUCGUUUGGUAAAAGGCAGCUGGUCAUCAGGGGAACAGCUUCGAGUCUUACGAAGCUACAGUUAUACAGAUAUCCUCUUUGUGACCAUCCCUUCCAUGAACAUGCUGGAAUUCAACCUGGCUGGUGAAAAACUCAUUCUUUUCUCAGCCCGAGCGCCUCAGGUGAAGAGUAUGGUGGAUGACUUUAUUCUGGAACUCAAAAAGGAUUCUGAUUAUGUGGUUGCUGUGAGAAACUACUUACCAGAUGACCUGAAUCUCUUGAGCUUCCACAAGGGUGACAUCAUCCAUUUGCAGUCUUCAGAGUGGCCUGAGAGGGGUUAUAAUUAUGGCUACGUAGUCAGGAAGAAGGUUAUCUAUCUGGAGGAGCUGAAGAGAGGCACCCAGGACUUUGGAUGGAAGUUUGGAGCUAUUCACGGGAGGCCUGGACGAUUUCCCAUGGACCUGGUACAGCCUGUAGCUGCCCCUGACUUCCUCCAGCUGCCCUCAGAGCUGGACAUGGGUGGACCUCGGGACCAAUCAGGCAGAGCAGCUGCUGUGGCUGUGGCAGUGGCUUCUUCUACUGUGGCCCAGGAGUUCGGCAGGAAGACAGAGGCGUCUUUGGCUAGGGACAUCUCUAGGGAGUAUGGAGAGGAAGCAUCCCUACUCCCCAGUCAUCAGUACACAAUGCUGGAGUUUGCUCAGAAGUAUUUCCGGGAUCCACAAAGGCGAUCUAUGGAUUCUUUCAGGCAGAAAUCCAAAAAAGGAAGGGAAUCCAGAGAUGUGAGCAACAUGCUGAAAUUCUCCAAGACACCAAUCCAGGAAUCCCUCAUCGAGUUCAGUACCAGCAGCCUGAACAAAAUUGCCACAGAGAUGUUCCUAGCUGUGAUGAAAUUCAUGGGCGAUUUCCCGAUGAAGGCCCAGACUGAAUUGGAUGUGCUCCGCUCCUUCUUAAAGCUCUGCAGGGACCAUGAAGUGCUUCGAGAUGAAGCCUACUGCCAGGUCAUCAAGCAGAUCACAGAUAACACCAGCACAAAGCCGGACAGCUGCCAAAGAGGCUGGAGGCUGCUUCACAUCCUGGCAGCCUACCACAAGUGCUCAGAUGUCCUGAGGCCAUACCUCUUCCGAUUCUUUCAGGAUGUGUGCCGGAGUCCAGGCUUACACUUCCAGGGGAUUGCAAAGGCCUGUGAGCAGAACCUUCAGAAAACCUUCCAGUUUGGUGGCCGAAGCGAGCUUCCCAGCAACAUGGAAUUGAGGGCCAUAUUGGCGGGUCGGAGUUCUAAGAGGCAACUGUUUCUCCUUCCUGGAGGGCUUGAACGACACCUGAAGAUCAAGACCUGUACGGUGGCCCUAGAUGUAGUUUCAGAAAUCUGUAUAGAGAUGGGACUGACAAGGGCUGAAGCCUUCAGUGAAUAUGUAAUCUUUGCUGUCACCAACCAAGGCCAGAACGUCUGUCCCUUGAGUCGGCGGGACUACAUCCUAGACAUAGCCUCAGAGAUGGAGCAAGUGGACAGUGGCUACACCUUCUGGUACCGGCGCAUCCUCUGGACCCAGCCACUCAAAUUUGAAAAUGAGCUUUAUGUCACCAUGCACUACAGCCAGGUCCUGCCUGACUAUCUAAAGGGCCUCUUCAACAGCUUGCCCACUGAGCAACCCAGCGAACAGCAGCGACAGCAGGUGUCCAAGCUGGCUGCCCUCCAGCAUCGUGCCAAGGACGGCGUCUAUCUGCCCAGCAUACGUGAAGCCCAGGAGUACAUUCCACCCCAGUUCUAUCGUACACUGAAGGGUCAGGCCUGGCUGAACCUGGUGAUCCAGCACAUGCAACAGAUCCAGGCCCUGAGUCCUCACCAAGCCAGAGCCCAGUUCCUUGGACUCCUCAGCGCUUAUCCUAUGUUCGGCUCCUCCUUCUUCUUCAUCCAGAGCUGCAGCAACAACACAGUACUCACACCCUGCAUCCUGGCCGUCAACCAGAAUGGCCUCAACUUUCUCAAUAAGGAGACCCAUGAGCUGACAGUGAAAUUUCCUCUGAAGGAAAUUCAGUCCACACGAACCCAGAGACCUACUGCUGGCUCCAGCUAUCCCUACGUGGAGAUCACACUGGGGAACCUAACUGUACAACGCAUCAUGCAGCUGCAGCUUGAGCAGGGCCUGGAGCUGUGCCGAGUUGUGGCUGCACAUGUGGAAAGCCUAUUGUGCGCCCGAGAGAAGCGAUUCACGCUGCCUCCUAGUGAGAUCACCCUGCUCUGA